AUGGGAGAGAGUUCAAGUGAGGAAGCCGGCGCGGGCGGGGCGGACAAGAUGGGGCGAGACAACGGCAUCUCCCGCGCCGUGGCAGACGACGACACCGCUCUGCUCCUCUCGGCGGUCGAGAGCUUCAGGAACGAGGCGCUGGGGAGGCUCCGCAAGGGCUCUGAAGCCUCGAGGAUCCUUGACCAGGAGAUGUCCACCAGGCUCCUCCACCUCGCCUGCAGGCACGACGCCGUGGAGUGCGUGAGGCUCCUCCUCGAUGGAGGCCACGGGAUCACCGCGGCCCCCGUCGACGCGAGGGACCAGCUGAUGCGGACGCCACUGCACAUCGCCGCCGAGACGCAUUCGGCGAGGUGCAUUCAGCUGCUCCUCUCCAGGAAUGCCAGGACCGACUUGAGGGUGGUCGAUGGCAGGCCCCUUAUCGCGCUCGAGGUCGCCCUGAUGAGCAGAAGGGUGCAAGUUGAUUGGUCACUGGACAACUCACUCGAUGACCUCCUGGCUUCUCUGCAACAAAAGGACCUAAAGGCAGUGAGGCUUCUGGCAGAGAAAACCAGAGAGGUUGGGGAGGUAGCUUACAGAUACGCCAUGGAGGGGCGUGUCGCUGCACUGGCCAUGCUGCUUCUGGUAGCUGAAAACAAGAUAUCGGCCACGGUGAGCGUGGUGAUAGAAGGAGUCAGGACAAAGAGGUCAAUUUACAACUCUGUCGUGGACGAGGUUCUGUCAAUUGGAGAUGCUUCAGCUAGAGAUGGUAAUGAAAGGAGGAAAGCAUUACUCUGUGAGAUUCAGCUACUUAACCAAUUCGGGGCCUCGUCAUGGAGGGACCUAAACAUUGACAGGAGAACCUUGCCCCCUCUACUUAGGGCUGCCAAGGUUGGAGAUAUGAGUGUCACAAAGAUGCUUCUUAUGGGGGAUGUUGAUGUCAAUGAAACCGACCCGGAAGGAAACACAGCACUUCACUGGUGCAUUAGUAGUAGCUCAAGCACACAGGAGCCAAGGAUUGUGUGGCUCCUGCUGAAGAGUGGUGCCAGAGUUUUCCAGGGUAACAAACUCGGUCUCACACCAGUGCACAGCGCUGCAGCAAAGGGAAAUUACAAGGCUCUUCAGUCACUUCUGCUUCAUGCACAAGAUUGCGUUGAUAUACCUUCCAAGACCAAGGAAACCCCAUUAUUCCUUGCAGUGAAGAAUGGUUCUUUGAGCUGUGUACAGCUUCUUCUGCGGUCUGGGGCUAACCCCAAAGCCCAGAACCUACGAAAACAAAGACCAAUAGACGUCGCAACAUCCCAGGACAUGCGUUUUGUUCUCAACUCUGCAAAUGUGGCACCAUUGAACAAUGGCUCACUGGAAAAGAACCGCGCGAUGAAAAAGGAAAGGCGCAAAGAGCUACUGGAUGAUGAUUUCAAUUAUUAUGAAAAUGAUGAUUCUUAUGAAAGCUAUACCACUACAAAGGCAUCUGGUCACCGGGACUUCCGGACCAGCAAAAGUAAGAGCCAGAGUGCUACAAAACAAGGUCCUAAGUUAUCUCGGCAUAAUGAUCAUUGGGAGAAGCAUGACUACACUCGCAAAAUCUUUGUUGGGGGCCUCCCACCUUCUGUAGAUAAUGCAUACCUUAGCAAAUUCUUCGCCGCUGAAUUUGGACCUGUGGAGGAAGCAAUCGUCAUUUUGCUGAAGAUGGAUAACCAGAUACAGUCCCGGGGCUUUGGCUUUGUAAAAUUCCAGAGAGAGAAGGAUAUGAUGAGAGCAAAGGAAGCUCAUCAUGUCUAUAUGCUUGGGAGGAGAGUGGAGAUAAAGGAUGCUGUUGCUAGACCAUUCUUGCCUGAACUCCAAAGAGGGACUUCUUUAAGGCACAGUGUCCGUGAGUCCCCAAGAGGAACUUAUAGUGAGAUGGAGGAUGAACUAGCAGAUGAGCAAUAUUACAUUGGUAAGCGGCGGCCACUGCCAGAGAAGUGCCUCCCAUCUUGGUUCUUCAUAUUCAGGAAGUGGUUGCCAGGAUUUCUUGUGGAAGCAGCCGAACGGUAUGGAGAGAGGUACCCAUUAUGCUCUGUGAAGACUGAUUUCAGAUCAAUUUGCAGAAUGGAGCUUGAUCAUGCAGCACUUGGUUAUCCUAAGCUAAGUGAUUUCAUGCGCUCCCUCCCUGGCAUCUGCAGGAUGCGUGUAGCCCCUGUAGGAAAAGGCCCUGCAACACACAUGGUCCUUCUGCCACCGGUCUCACGACCAAAGUAUGUACCCUUGCUAGAGCCGUACUCCUUUGAUCAUGACGAGCUCCCAGAAUCAGUGUCAGAUCAUCAGUCUCCAAGAUCACCACUUUCUCCCAAUAUCACUGAUGACUCUCAUAAUACUGACGGCCAGCAUGGUGAUGUGUCCAGUGAGAGUAAUGUUCAGAGCCAGCAUGAUGAUGAGUACAGCAGAAGCAAUGCUGAAAGCCCGCGGGAUAGUGAUUCCACCUCCAAUGGUAGCUUACUUGAUGAGAUUACUGUCAGUACAACAAAGCUUAAUUUGAUCAACCUACCUACAAGAAAGCCUGAUUUGAUUGUUUGUGGACCUGUUCCUCAAAGAAAUGAACAAGGACCAUCAAGGAAGCAUGAUUUGCCUGAUUUAGCUGAGUCUGCACCAAUAAGGAAGCUUGAUUUGGUUGAGCCUGGAACUCCUACGAAGCUUGAUUUGGUUGAGCCUGUAGCGGCAAGGAAGCUUGACUUGGUUGAGUCCAGACCUAGGAAUCCUGAUUUGCUUGAGACUGGACUUGCAAGGAAGCUUGAGUUGAUUGAAUCCAGACCUACAACAUGCUUUGUUGAUCAUCCAGUUGAAAGGGCAGCAGUAACUCCAAGCAGCCGCAAGACUGAAAUGAAAUUCUCAUUCUUCCAAUCCCAGUGGGACAUGUACCUAACACCACAUCCCAAGAGUGAUUACUGCAUCAUAUGUCGCUCCUGUGAAGCCGCGAUGGAGCUUGUCCCAUGCCUUCAUAAGAUAUGUGUUGCCUGCAUGAUGAGGUGCAAUGUCAGGGCAUGCAUGACCUGCGGCACUGCUGUAAGUGGAGUCAAGUCUUCCCCGACGCUGGACACAAAAUGCCGACAGGGAGUUACGGAGCACGCCUCAGAUCAAAAGUGCCAGUUGAUGGUUGUGUGCAGUGGAGCCGAUGCAAUUGUGAAAUGCUCUCCCUGUAUGCACACCAUCGCUUGCCGAGGCUGCCUCCUUGCUUCAGUGACACUGCUCAAGAACUGCACAGUCUGCGACGGCAUGAUUGAGCACUUCAAGUUUGGUUGA